GUAGAACAAUAAUUUUCCCAUGGGACAAAAAUAGACAACUGUGACAAAGAAUCAUUGAUUGAUGCUGCGAAAUUUCAUCAGAUUGGAUUCCUUUGGGCCCUUUAUAGGAUUUAUUUUGGUUCGCAAUUUUCUUUACCACUCCAAUAAUAGACUUCGAUUCAUUUUUCUGUUUUUCAAAUUGUAACAUCUCAAGAAAUGAACUUUUAUUUGCAUAUACUUGCAGCUUAUCUAUUAACUAGAAACGGUAGUAGAUAUUUUCAUGCUAGUAUAUGUAAUCUCACCGAGUACGAGACUGCCACAAGGUACAAAUGCCUUUGCUACACAUAAAAUCAAUGUUUCAAUCGCCAUUGAUAUGUUCCAAUGCCAAGUACUGCUAAAGUUCAUCAGGAAUUAAUUAGAAGUAAAGAAGAAAUAAGCUCAUAAAGGAUUGCAUCUUUUGCUCUAAAACGUAGAGAGAAUAUUGUCAGAGCCAGAAAAGGAGAAACCUUUCAGUCUUAUAAUAAUAAUAAUAAUAGCUUUUUGAACAUUUCCUCAUCUUUCUCUUCAAGAAGUUGACACUAAACCUUGCAAUCUGCUUCUCCAACUCUCACAAUAUUUUCUUGGGUGCUGAUGGCCGUCUUUGUACCUAAAUGGAGUACUGCAAGAUUUCUUUUGAUAGCUUUUUUCUGCUCUCUGUUUCUUUUUGUGCUUGUUUCUGGUGCAAGCAGAGUGAAAAAUAAAGCUUUGAAUGAUGGAGAAGGCGCCACAUCUAAUACUCUUCUACGAGUCAUGAUUUCUUUAUGGCGGACCAAACAAUCUGGUAAUCAACAUAUUUGGCCGUAAGUUUAAUUUGUGACUUGUAGUAGGCGUUGUUUCAAUCAUGUUCUUUACUUCUUUUCUGUUUUCUACUCUUCAAACAAGCUGUCAGAUUACAGCUUCAAUAUCUUUUUAUGUCUCAAAAAAUGUAUAUCUAUUUUAUAUGUACGUAUGUUCCACAUCACCCACUUCAAUGAAUGUGCUAUUAUCCUUUUUGUCAAACUACCCUUCAGGAACUGGAAUUUAGAUGGCAAAUUGUUGUUGGUACUGCGAUUGGAUUCUUUGGAGCAGCAUUUGGAAGUGUAGGUGGUGUUGGUGGUGGUCGUUUUUUCGUUCCAAUGCUGAGUCUAAUCAUUCGGUUCGAUCAAAAAUCAUCAACAGCUAUAUCAAAAUGUAUGAGCCAAUGCAAAUCUAUCUCAGGAUGUAAUUUGGUCCUCAUAGUUAGAAACUAUAAUACAUGAAAAAGUUUGGGCAUAGACUAUUCGUAGACUGCUUGAUAUUAUUUCCUGCUGUUUUAGCUGAGCUAAUACUUUUGAGUCUUUCACUUCCCUAUGAUAGUGGCAAUCUUUCCUUUAGGCAGUUUGCUUGAAUGUCGCUUCCGUUAGUUCAGGUAUGAUCAUGGGGGCAGCAGCCUCAACCGUUUAAUAUAAUUUUAAGGCAAAGGCAUCCCAUACUUGAUAUGCCCAUGAUUGACUAUGAUUUGGUGUUGAUUAUCCAGCCGAUGCUGUUGUUAGGCACUAGCAUAGGAGUGAUAUUCAAUGUGAUAUUUCCAGACUGGACAGUCACAAUCCUGUUAAUUCUUCUCCGCACAGGUACUUCUUUUAAGGCUUACUUUAAGGGUGUUGAGACGUGGAAAAGGGAGACUGUAUUGAAACAGGUUAAUAAAUACUGGUAUAUGUUAUCUGAAUAACAUAAAAAAAGAAAUUAUUUUCUGUAAAUCUAAUCUAUAUUUAACAACAUCAAAAAAUUGGAUUUUGGAUUGGUUUCAUCGUUGCAUAACUGCAGGAGGCUGCUAAGUUGUUGGAAUCAUGUGGUGAGCUUAUUCAGUACUCUUGGCUCUUCCUGUCUCUGUAACAGAAUUCAUAGAUCAAACCUUGCUUAUAUACUUGCUCUUUUUUUUUUCCAAGAGAAUGCGACUCCAAUCGCAUACAAAACUGUUCCUGGUGGUCCAAGCAAUAAACCUGGAAAGGAAAUUGAGAGACGAGAGGCAGGCAGGAAUACUUGAAAACAUUCGUUGGAAAGAACUUGGACUACUCAGUUUCGUUUGGUUUGCAUAUCUUGCUGUUCAGACUGCCAUGAAUUAUACAACUACUUGUUCAACAUCAUACUGGGCAUUAAACUUGUUGCAGAUACCAGUAUCUGUUGGGGUAUUUCUGUACGAGGCAAUUGGCCUGUACGAAGGAUGGAGAGUGAUUGCCUCCAAGGGAAAUGAAGGCACAAAUUGGAAAGUGUACCAUCUUGUUCUAUGUUGUGCUUGUGGCAUGGUAGCAGGAAUAAUUGGUGGACUUAUCGGAAUAGAUGGAGGAUUUGUUAUGAGUCCACUCCUUUUGGGGCUGGGAAUUCCUCCUCAGGUCGCAAGUGCCACAUCCACAUUUGGGAUGACCUUCUCCUCAUCAAUGUCUGUUGUAGAAUACUGCCUUCUGAAUCGUUUUCCAGUGCCUUAUGAUGAGUUGGUGUCAUGCCAUUGAUUUUCAACUUUGUUCUAGCAUCUUUACAAAGGGGAGGAAAAAGGGUUGUUUUCAAUCAAAUUCUUUCUUCAACUUCUGGCAGCUCUAGACUUCAUUGCUGUUUCCAUCAUUCCCGCCUUAAUGGGUCAGCACAUUGUCAAUAAGCUGAUCAAUUUAACCGGAAGGGAAUCCAUAAUCAUCUUUGUUCUAGCCUUCACAAUAUUUGUCGGUGCAAUUUCACUGGGUGAGAGCAUCCUACAGAAUUCUCAUUUCUCCAGUAGUCUUUCAGCAUCCUAGACUGAAAGGAACUACUCAAUUCUUAUGACAUUAUUUUUUGCCCUUCUUUUGUUUGUGAUUUGUAGGGUGGGUUGGCAUAUCAAGCAUGAUUCAGAAGAUUGAGCAAAAUGAGUACAUGGGAUUUGAGAACCUCUGCCAAUACGAGGGAUAGCAAUACGUCACGGUGCGCGCGCUGGUACUCUAUAACACUCUGCCCGUGACAACAAAUCGCAUUUGUUCUACUGCUUGCUUGGCUUUGUUUCCUAGUGUUUUACUCCGAUAACCAAACAGACCAUGAUUUAUUUAUUUAAUUGAAGACCGUGGUUGGAACAUUUUUUUUU